CUUUGAACGGCGGCGCGGGCGGCGGGCCCGGAGCGCGGCCAUGGAGGCGGGGGCGGCCCCGCAGCGGGCGCUGCUCCGGCAGGUGCUGGGCUGGAGGGUGGCGGCCGCCGUCGCCUGGGCCGUGCUGCUGCUGCCCGUCUGCACCGCGGCCUUCGUCGUCCUCAGCGGCUUCGACCCCUUCCACCCGCUGCGCUGGAUAUCGAAUUCUUUCAAUGAUUUAUACACUUCCCGCUUCAUCUGUUGCAUCCUCCUCAUGUCUGUGGUGAUACUGACCAUCAGCAUCUGCAACGUGCAGUUUUAUGCAGUUGUGCCAUCGAUCCCCUGCUCUCGAUUAGCACUGAUAGGAAAAAUCAUUCACCCUCAGCACCUUAUCCAUGCGGUUGCUCAUGCUGCAAUGGGACUGCUGGUUGCUUGGUGUGCCUCACUUAUGACAAAAGGGAAAUUCCAGUUUCUUGCUGUGCCCUGCACACCUUCAGAAAGCCCAGAUGCUGCUGCUCCUCAGAGGUGCCUGAAUGAAUAUCAUCUCUUUUUUCUACUUUCUGGAACUUUCGUGGGAUACAGUUAUAGUCUUUUGUAUCUUAUUAACAAUAUGAAUUAUUUGCCAUUUCCAAUCAUACAGCAAUACAAGUACUUGCGUUUCCGAAGAUCUUUGCCUCUCCUCAUUAAACAUAGUUGUGUGGAAUCUCUGUAUUUCAUUAGAAACUUCUGUGUCACGUAUUACUUUUUUGGUUACAUCCCAAAGGUCUGGCUAAGUACCACGAUGAAUCUUCAUAUAGACAGUAAAUUACAUCCUCUGGACACUCUGACUGGCUUGUUGGACCUCUCCUUGUUUUACCAUGCCUGGUUAUGUGGUGUGUUUCUUCUGGUUACCUGGUACAUGGCGUUGUUACUCUUCAAAAUCUAUGCUACAGAGACACAUCAUUUUCCCAUCCAGCCAACUUUUGCUGAGGAGACAGACCAGUGCCUGCCUAAAAUCUUAAACAGCAACCCUCCCCUCAUUAUAAAGUUUUUAGCCUUACAAGACUUGAUGUUACUUUCCCAAUAUUCUCCUGUUCGACGACAGGAAGUCUUUAGCCUUAGUCAGCCAGGUGGGCACCCACACAACUGGGCUGCAAUCUCAAGGGAGUGUCUGAGUCUUCUGAGUGAUCUAACCCAGAGGCUGAUCACAAAGCAGGAAGCUGCAGCAGCAAAUGGGAGAGCAAAGCAGCCAGCAGGAGAGCCAAAAGUGUCUCCACAGACUCCAGGAGCCGUCAUGACGGAAGACGUGUCUUUCCAGUCACAGAAGUCUAGCAUUGUUCUCAGAGCCUCCAUGACUUCCCUGAUUAAAUCAUCCCUAACACCUUUAAAGACAUCACCUGGGUCUGAUGUUGGUUCACCUUUCAGCUCACCUGCUUUAAAUUCCAAGAUGGGAACUCUGGAUUCAAGCUCUCCUUGGCAUGGAUCAGUCCAAAUUCCUCAUGUUAGGAGAAGGGGACCAAAGCUGUGGACGACAGGGUCAGAUCCACGAAUGAAUGGUUCCCACCCUGAAUCCUUCCCAGUACUCUCUGCUGCCAGAGCUGGCAGUGAGGCAGCACAGCCAAGCUUUAUUUACACGUGGCUUCAAAGCAAGCAAGAACAGAUAAAAACCUUUUUGUCAAAAAGAGUGCUGAUAAUGUAUUUCUUCAGCAAGCACCCAGAAGCCUCAAUCCAGGCUGUGUUCUCUGAUGCCCAAAUGCACAUCUGGGCUUUGGAAGGUCUGUCUCAUUUGGUAGCAGCCUCCUUUACUGAAGACCAAUUUGGAGUUGUCCAAACUACACUGCCAGCUAUCCUGAAUACUUUACUGACUCUUCAGGAGGUUGUAGACAGGUAUUUCAAACUGCCUCAUGUUUCUAGCAAACCCCCCAGGAUCUCAGGGAGUCUGGUGGACACGUCCUACAAAACGCUGCGAUUUGCACUUAGAGCAUCUCUGAAAACAGCACUGUACAGGAUCACUACUGUCUUUGGAGAACACUUAAAUGCAGUGCAAGUGUCUACAGAACAUAAGAAAAGACUUCAGCAGUUCUUGGAAUACAAAGAAUAAAUAAGAUUUGGAUGCUGCUAUAUUUUUUUCCAACACUCUUGGUAAGAAGAAAGUGGGACUAAUGAGUCUUUUUAUCUUGGCCUUUUGGAAAAGCAUAUGGAAGUCCAAGUCACAGAAGAAAACUCUUAGAACUGUAGAACAGCUCUUCUGGGUUUGGAUCAUCUUUUGUAUAAUAAAACUUUUGUAAAAUUAAUCUUGCCUUUUUUUAAUAUCACUUACAUAUGAGAGAGUGUCAGUUCAUACUCUGUGGAAGACCUUUGAGAUUAUCAAGAGUUACUUUGCCACUUAGAUCCUUUACUGUUUUUUCACGAUGUGUUCUUUCUCUCCCCUGUUCUGUUAAAGGCUGAGUAGAGAUUUACAUAGAUACUUAGUGUGCUUAAGUGUUCCAUAAAUUUAGUUGUAGCACUUUUAGUGCAGCUGAAGCAUGUACUUUAAGAGUAGGAAACAGAUGUGCCCAGGAAUAAAACAUGCUACUCUUCUAUAAGAUGGAAAUAUUCCUUCAGAGUAAAAUGGGUGUGCAGAAAGGCAUUGUUAAGACACAGAUUCUGCUUGAAAAGCUAGCAGCUUGGAUUUUAUGUUUAAGGUGACCUAGGAAACUUAAGUUCUGAUCUACACUGAAACAUACAGGAAGCAUUCCUGCUUUUAGUAAAACUCCAGGUAGUGAUACUGUGAAUUAAAGUUUAGAUCAACUGGUUUCUGUUACGGUAGACAGGAAAGAUGUUUGCAGCAUAUUCAACUUCUUCAAAAUAAUUUGUAUUAUUUGUAGCUUCUGGUGACAAAAUACACUUUUAAAAAGCAGUUUAAAGCUCAUUAUCUGGGAAUAAACCUGUCCAAAUUGUUUGAAUAUUAACUCCUCCAUUUUUAAACUGACUCCAGUUAUUGUGGUAUCUACACUAGGAAAUGUGUAUGGAGUAGGAAGUGCUUAGAUGUAGCUGUAGUACCUUACCUUUAGCUUACUAUUAUCUCAAGGAAAUCAAUGAUCUUGCAGUUUAAUUUAGUGUGAUAGAAACAAUGUAGAUAAUUGUCCUUCCAUUCUCUUCACUGCUGAUAGUUCUGUGGUUUUGGGUUUGUUUUUAUAGAGUUCCUAAGCUCUGAAGAUGGCCAUAGUGUCAGUUAUGUUGGAGUGAUCAAAAAUCAGCUGAUAGUGAGUGGUUGUGUAGCAAUAACACUUUUGGGGGUGGCUUUAAGGUUUGGGCGGAAGAGAAGUCCCCAAAUCUGCAAUGAGACCUGUAUAUUGCUUUUCUCCUCGACAGACACACCUAGUUUUCUUGUAGCACAGGUACUGUUUGUGUUAGAUUUGAUAGUGGAAAUUAAAACUCUCUUGUUCCUUUUACAUUAUCUUACAGCAAGCAGCUUUUCAUUAUAUUUACAGGUUAAGCAUAAAGUCUUUUAAAGCUUCCCCCUUCCCCAAGCUUAACUUCUACCACAGGUUUGACUUAUUAUGUCAAAGCCUCUUGCUUGCCCAGCUUAUUAAAUAAUUUGCUUGUUUUCUGGUAUUGCAAUGUGCACCUGGAGUUAAUGGUGCUUUAACUAGUACCUCAGGUGUAACUGUUGACCCAAAUACUUCAGCCAAAAGUUUCAAAUAAAUUUUUCAUGCAUUUAAA